AUGUGAAGAGGAAGUCCAAAAGAGAAUAAUGGCAAUCAGAUGUUGCAGUACUACUGCAGUACUGCCCCAUGCUCUCCACAACUCAUCAGUGACAUUUCAUAUUAACUAAUGCCUUUUAACAUUCAUUUCUUUUUUGGAUCCUUGGACCUAGGACACGUUGAAGAGCGUGUUGUACGGUCUCACCAUUUCACUUAUUUCCACUGACAAUGCAUUUGUAAGAUGUCCUUCAGUAGUUGUGGAGUUGCCAUAGAUUUUGCAAUCUAGCGAUGCUUGCAUGGAAAGUAGAAAUAUAUUAUGUCCCACGUUGACAACCGUUUCUUAGAAAUGGAAACCAUAUGGCAAUAUCUUUGAUUAUUGUUCAGAAAGAAAAUGUUUUCUCCCCUGAAGCAGUUGAUUAGGUGAAAGUAAUACUGCGCCGAGCUGCCCACAUGUUCCUGUGAGAAGCCACGCCCAGCCCACACAGCGGCAGGAUCCACUCUAUGCCCUCCCUCACACUUUUAUGGUUUACACAGAGCAGAGAAGGGGGAGCAGAGCAGAGCAGUGGUCCCUCCCACCUUCUAUAAAGGCCAGCCAUACGGAAACACUCAGACAGACAUCACACGUGUGUCUGUGUGGAGGCAGACGGAGGCAAACAGCACACUGAGCAAAACCAAGGGCCAUUAGACGCUCAGCCAGCCUGGAACAAGAGGGGGGGGGCCCAUACUGAGAGAAAGAGAGAAACAUCAAUGAGUGAUUUUACUGUCAUGAGCUCUUCUGGCCUGUUCUCCGAGGAUUAAUGGUCUACAGCACUGAGGGGGAUCAGGGAGGUUUGACAGGUCUCUACAUGAGAGUCCAGCUGGAGUCUCCAACCUGUCUUGCAGAUCUGGACUUUGGUUGUGACAAUGUCUUUCGCGAUGGUGCGCACGGCUCCUCCCCCAAACCAGUUCCUGUUCUCUGAGAUCAGUAUGAAUUCGGAGGACGAGGAGGAUGAGAACGGCGGCAGCGAGAGCUCGGGUUCCGACUCGCAGAAGGCCUCUUUUCGUCUCACCGGCGGCUCCGGCGCCUUUCAGGUGAAGGUGGGAAGCCGGAAGAGGAAGUUCUGUGCGCAUUCCGGCACUAACAGCAGGCUUGCGGGGCCUCCGAUGUUACCGGGCACCGUGGUGGUGGAGGUGCGACAGCGGAACGCCGCCAACGCCAGAGAGAGGGACCGCACCAACAGCGUGAAUACGGCGUUCACCGCUCUGAGGACCCUCAUCCCCACCGAGCCGGCCGACAGGAAGCUGUCCAAGAUCGAGACGCUGCGCCUGGCGUCCAGCUACAUCUCACACCUAGGGAACGUGCUGCUGGUCGGCGAGGAGUGUGGGGACGGGCAGCCCUGCCACUCCUCCUCACCGCCCUUCUAUCACCACACCCUCCAGGGCCACAGCCCCUCGCCCAGCCGGGGGGGAAGUGAGAAACAGCCCAAGCAGAUCUGCACUUUCUGUCUCAGCAACAAGAGGAGAAGGAACAGAGACAGAAAAACAACAGUAAGAAGCUAACCCUGAAGAACAGAAACAUUCUGAGGAUAUUAUUUUUGCAAUCAUUAGAGCGACUCACAGGAACAAUUAAGUGCCUUGCUAAAGGAUGCCGCAGCAGGGCUUUUUUGGACCUACGCCACCCCCUUAUGCAACCCGUAUGUGAAAGAAAAAGCAUUUAUUAUUCAAAUUGUAAUUAUAAGUGUGUACUUAAUAAUAAGACAAUAUUUGUAUUUAUAUACCAUAUCACAAGAACAUGAUAAUGUAUUUAAUGGACACAUCAAGCUGGAUAAUGUGGCUAGAACAUUCAAAGCAACAUGGGAUUAAAUAGGAACCCUUAUUAGUUCCAGUUUGUUAGUUAUCUAUACUAAAUCUACAGGACAUGAUAAUGACCAGGAAGUGGUGCAGGAGCUCUGCAUCAAAAAUGGCUCUCUACUCGGACCAUGGUCAAUACUCUGUCCAUGGUCAAUACUCGGACCAUGGUCAAUACUCGGACCAUGGUCAAUACUCAGGCCAUGGUCAAUAGUGCAUUAGUUAGGGAAUGGCGUGUCAAUUGGGGAAAGACAGAAGACAUACCACUGAACAUUCGUCUGAAUUCCAAUAUGACCUCUAUAGAACUCUAGGACACUCCAUUCACUCUCAUCACGACAUGCUCGCCAUUCUGGUUAAUGAUGUUAGACACUUUUCAUGGAUUGACUGAUUUUGAAUAAUAAAAUGUGGAAGUGCCUUCAUGGUGGAGAGUGAUUUAAUCUAAUAUCUGUGUACGGGUUGAUACUGUUCGUCUGAUUUUGACUCAGCCCUGGUGCUUGAGUGACAUUUAUCCAGUGGGUGCAGAUUGUGCUUUUGAUGGGAAUGGAGGAUCAGGGAGAAGUGGCAGCAGCCAACCUAAACAUCAUGUAAACCCCUGUGCCUCUCAUUCCCAAAAUGUGUCCCAAAUGACAACAUAAUGCUUAUAAUAGCGCACUACUUUUGCCCUCUGUAAUGUAGGACUGCCCUAUGGGCUCUGGUGAAAACACCGGCACUAAAUGAAGUGCCAUAAUAUGACAUCAGAGAAGCACGGCCAGUGUUUCAGUCCAUCAGGCUCAGACCGUGGUGGCAGGAGGUGUAGGGAACACAUCCUACAUCACAUGGGCAGGUAGAACUUUGGAGGCCUGGCUGUCCUAUUGUUUACCUGUUGAAUUCCAUGUGCUCUCUCCCUCUCCCCUCUUUCUUCUUCUACCUUUUGAAUUCCAUGUGCUCUCUCCCUCUCCCCUCUUUCUUCUUCUACCUUUUGAAUUCCAUGUGCUCUCACCCGCUCCCCUCUUCCUUCUUUUUCCCAGCAGCUCCACAGACUCUGUGGUCCAGGGAUUCUACAAUAUGUUCAAGGUUCACUCAGAUUGCCCUCUCUCGUACCUUCGCUAACUCCUUUUGCAUAGAAUCAAUGUCCCCUGUUAGUAGUUAAAAUAGUAUUAGUAUUGGUAGUAA